AAUUCAGUUGGCGAAGGAUUUCGAAACGGCUUAGUGUUCAGACUUUUCCGCUGAGAGUUGCACUUCUGAUUAACUGCCAUUCAGUUGAAAGAAAAAAGGUGAUUUAAUUUCCCGGUAGCCUAGUUUAGAGCGAGUAGACGACGUAUAUGGGGAGAGAUUUCUAUUCCGUUCUUGGUGUUCCUCGAAAUGCCCCGUCCGAAGACAUCAAGAAAGCUUACAAAAGGCAAGCUCUUCUAUUUCACCCCGACAAGAACAAAAGCCCAGGAGCGGAGGAACAGUUCAAGAAAAUAUCUGAGGCUUACUCGGUCUUAAUAGACCCUGACAAACGACAAAUAUUCAAUGCUUAUGGCGAAGAGGGGCUGAAGAACGAAGGCGUCUUUGGUUUUGGUUACUUCCCGGAUCCUGUGAACAUUUUCCGCGACGUUUUUGGUGACGAUCCCGAAUUUGCAUUCACAGACUUCUUUGACGGCUUUACCUCAGAGUUUGACCGCAUGUUUUCUACCUCACGGUUUUCUUCGUGCUCAACUGGCUUCAAACGUUUUGGUGAUGAUGAUUUUGACUUUCCCUCUCCAGAUCCAUCUAAAAAACAAACUGUACAGGAUCCUGCCAUCGAGACAAACAUCCAAGUGAGUCUCGAAGAACUUGCAAUUGGUUGCACAAGAAGACUGAAAAUAAGCAGGCAGGUCUUAACCCCAGGUGGAGGGACCUCUCGCGAAGAAAAAAUUCUUGCGAUAGAAAUAAAACCAGGCUGGAAAGCAGGAACGAAAGUAACUUUUGAGCGACAUGGUGACCAAAAGCCAGGAGUAAUACCUGCGGACCUUAUAUUUGUUAUCGGGGACAAACCACACCAGUACUUUAAAAGAGAUGCUGAUAACAAUCUACUUUAUACUACAAAAGUUAGUCUGCGUGAUGCCCUCAUUGGCUGCAUCCUACCUAUUCCAACCAUUGAUGGGAAAGUAUUAUCUGUACAAUUAAAUGAAGUCAUACAGCCAGGAGCGCAGAAAAGAAUUCCUGGUGAAGGUCUUCCUCUGCCAAAAUGUCCUGGAAAAAGGGGUGACAUGAUAGUGACUUUUGAUGUAGAAAUGCCAACAAAUUUGUCAAUGGAACAGAGACAGCAUCUGGCGAAUUUAGUAUGAUAAGACUUGUAAUAUGUUAGAUGUUAUUUGAACAAUACUUGAAUGAUUCCUCAAAGUGGCUGGAGCAACCACUCUAUUUUACUCAAUAUUGAGGAUGGUGUGAGAGACAACUCAUGAACGGCAUUACACUGCACUGUCAAGUUUGUCAAAGUGGUGGUACAGUAUACAUCUUGUCAGUGUUAUAUUUUCCAAAUGGUAUUUUUAUGUGCUUCCAUGUAUUAAAGUGUGACCCUGUGUUCAGUAACAAAUUUUACAGUUUCAUCUAUUUGAGUUUAAAGGUGGAAUACAUUUAUUAUUCCAUUUUGAACUGUGCUAAAGUUUCUCUUUGUAUAUACAAAAACUAUUGUCUUUUUUCCAUGAACAAUUUGUCAGUUUUAAUUCAACUUGACAACCAUGCAGUUUGUUGUAGCUUUUUAAUUUGAUCAAGUUCUUUACAGAAAGUGUAUUUUAACAGUUUUAGUCAAAUUUGUGUUUUGUAGCCAGUGGAAGGGAUAAAUACAUAUAUAAAGAGAGACAGGACAUUGAAAUUUUAAAGGAUAGAAGUUGCGUGAUCACAAUAAUUAUUGUUCCUUUGACAAGCAACUCGGCAUUUAUGCAAAGGCGAAACCGUAAUUUAUAGAAAGGGUAUGAUAAGUCGACAAGGCCAUUGCUGCUAGCUGCGUUUUGAACACUGAUAGGGUCAAGGAAUAGGGCUUCACUGUAUAGAAAUAAUAUAUACAUAUAUUUAUCAAUAUUGAUUGAUGAUUUGUAGAAAAUCUGAAAAUUAAUAUUCGUGGGAAAAGCGGGUUGUACAAAUAUCUUAUCCAAAGUAGUUAUUAAUGUGGCAUAGAUUGCAUAUUUGCAAAAUGCCAAUAGGUAUUGCUGUAUAGUAAAGUGUGUGAAAAUGGAAUUUCUAGUGCAAUAUUUUGCAUCACAACUCCUCUCAUUAUUACUAGAUCAAUCUGACAUCCAUAACAGGGUUUGCGCUUUCCUGAAUUCCUGGGAAACUGCUGAGAUUUUAUAGUUAUUAUAAAAUAGCAAAUGAAAUUGCUAUCAUAAACUUUACCGCAAACACUUAAUAGGUCAGUUGAUAGAAGAGCAUAAUUUUUUUAUACAUUUACAACAUAACAUUUCUGAGUUCUGGGUCAGACUUGAAAAUUUUAUAUUUGUACCCUGGAACACUCUUGGAAUUCCAUUUCAAAUCUGACUAUUGCAAACUGUGCUAUUAGCUGUGAAAAGAUCUAGGUGUCUUGUUUUGCAGCUUAGCACGUUUUCAAAGUAACAAGAAAAUUACUCCAGUUAAUAGAAAUCUAGAUUUGGUUUGAUUUGUAAGUAACAUUAUGUUUUCCAGUUCUGCUUGGUGUUUUCCAGCAGCCAAACUGAGUUUUCAGUUUUAAUAUGUAACAAUGCAUGUACACAAUAACUGCAUUUGCAUAAAUAAAUUAUACUUAAAUUA